UAAACUUGUUUGUUUUUCAGAUUAAGCGUGCUGGAGAAGCGCCGUAUCGAGGGCUGCCUGUGCCGGGUGCCGUCUUCGUUCUACAACCACGUGUGGGACGUGAUGGAGCGAACGCCGGGCGGACUGCGCGUGCGCGGGUACAUCUUGCCGCAGCAACCCACCCUCUCCGAGAUGACUCGCUCCGAACUCACCUUCGCGCUCCUAGUCGAGCAGACGCUCAACCGCAUACACCAGCCCGAGUACCGCCAGAUCAUUGUCGAAUUGUUGUGCAUCGUCUUCACGAUAUUGAACCGAAAUCCAGAGUUGAGCUUCCGGAAUCAAUUAGAUCUUGACCAGCUGGUUACUGAUGCCUACACCAUGUUUUGUAAGGAUGGUGACUUGAAAGAGCCAAGCAUCGAGGUGUUCUUCUCAUCAGAGCAAUCCAUCACCACCGGUUACUUGGCACGAGCAGUUGUCAACAAUGUCCUGAAAGGAGGUCAACUGCUGCAGAGCACCGCCACCUCUGAUGCUAUCGCGUCAAGGAAGGGCAAUGCUGACCAAUGUAGAUUGCAGUAAUUUAUAUUCCUAUGACUGUGGGUAUGUCUUGUCAGACCCCAUUUAUAGACCGGUUGUUUAUAGAUUUAUUUAUGUUUGUAACUUGUUUAUUUUUGACUGAAAUAAAGUUUAUUUAUUAGUA